AUGGAUUGGAGAAAGUUGUUUGAAAUUUCAAAAGGUCUUGACCUUGAUUUUUAUCCUCCGACACUACGCGAUGGGUCUCCGGUGGUUCAGCCACCGCCAGAGGUUUUUGAAGAUGGGAUAGCGGAGUGGAAACACUCGUUAGUAGGACAAUUCCUUGGGCCACCUCCAAAUUUCAUCUCAAUGCAAAGAAUCGUUGAAGCCAUGUGGAAAAAUGCUUCGAAUGGCAGUCCGGUUCGCAUCAGCAAAGCAGGUAACAAUCUCUUCCUCUUUUCUUUUAGUUCGAAUGCUGCUAGAGAUUGGGUGUUAGAACAUGGACCUUGGCAUAUCUACAACAAACCGUUGAUCCUUAGAAAUUGGGAACCAAAUCUGAAAAAACUCAGUUUUGACCUAACAAAAAUUCCAGUUUGGGUUCACUUAUUCAAUGUCCCUUUAGAACUUUACUCCCGAGCUGGUCUUAGUUAUAUGCUAGUGCCAUUGGAGUCCCACUCUCCAUGGACUCUGUUACUGCAGAAAAAACAAGUGCUUGUGGAGAUCCCUUGGUUACCACCAAGCUGUAGGAGUUGUAAAAUGUUUGGCCACACAGAGAAGGGCUGUAAAGUUCACAAACAGACUGCCCAGCAGCCUACACAAGUAUGGAAAAGGAAAGAAACUAUUCCUAAUGCUAAUGAUUCUGAACCGUUAAUAGGAGGAACUGAGAUGUUACAAGGAAAUUUAACUUCUCUUAGCAACAACAGUAAGGAGCUUAUUUCAACUGAAGUUAGUACUGACUCAAGCAAUAACAUUAUUCCCACUGAUCAAAUUAUUUCUGCUGUUAAAGAUGUUAUACUCCCUGACCUUACUGUUCCUUCAGUAGAGGUUACUGAACCUACUUUGUUAUCACGGGAAAGAGGCAAGACUUCAUCGACAACUGUGCUUGCUGGGUCAAAAAACAGAUUCGAAAUACUAUCCGUAAUUGAAGAUUCAUCUCCUGUUUUGAAUGAAAGUAAACCAAAGAAAAGAGAAGCAUCUAAAGGUGUAGCCAAUCUUUUGAACGAACUAAAAACAAAAAAGAAAGACCGUUUUGAUAAAGCUAAAAAUACUGUAGUAGGAGUUAAUGUGGCUGCUACAUCCUCUCUUUCUCAAUGA